CAAGCAAACGCAGUUUAUAAAUCGCGAGGAUGCCCGUCUGCGAUUAUGCAGUUACACUUCUAAUCGGUUCAGCUAAACGAUCUAAAGUCAUCCAUUCGCGUUCUGUCAACAGUGACAGUUGCUCGAAAGUUUUUCCGAAAAUUGAAAAAGUGCAAAUUUCCGAUAAUAUUAAGUUUUCUAAAAAGUAAAUCGACAAAGAGUGAGAAAAUUGGAGGUAGAGAUGAAAUGAGAGAUAACCUGGUACAACGAGGACGAGAUCGCACCUCAUGCUCUCGUAUGAAUCGCGUGUGUAGUCACUAUUCACUUGUGUACGGAUGAACCUUAGGUGAAGUGCUGUCAGUUGUUGGCUGUCGUUCCAUUCAGCCUUCGAGUUUGAGUAAGUUUGGCUGCACGACUAUAAGAAAAUUAAAUCAGGAAUUAGAGCAGGCACUCGAGGAUGCAGCCAGGGGUGACAGUGGCUCUGGCCACAGUCUGGUUAGCAGGCGCAACGGGAGUACUAUCUGCCACCCUCUACCCUUUCCCACCCUUCCUCGAUCAAUACGCCCCCCAACUACCCCCAAACCAUCAUGCAGUUAUCCAAGGACCUCAGGGCCACCCAAACUGGAACUUCCAGGAUCCUACGAAGGAUCUUCUUACAACCAAAAUCGAUCAAACAUCCAACGCUCACCAGCCGAUCGAAUCCUCGAACUUAAAACCAUCCCUGAGACCAUCUCUACUUUACGGAUCUCCAGAUACUUCUUAUGGAAUUGUUCCUAGGCAGAAGGACUCUGAUUUUUCCUUCAACGAUCAUAUCGGAGUCGGAACCCAGUCAGAAGAUUCAAGGAAGGUCAGGGAGAAACGUCAAAAGCAGACCUUCGAUAAGAAAGUAACUGCUCGUCAGAGGGACUUGUUUAUUGCGCAACAAAAGAAAGCUGCCUUAGAAAGAGAAGAUUCUGAUGAUUACGACUCGUUUCAGGAUCAAGGGCCUGGCUCCAUCGAGGUCUAUAGAUUAGACCUUUUCGAAGAGGACUCCUUGUUCGGUCGAAAUUCCCUAAAAGAGAACGAAGAGAUAAUAAAGGCAAGAAAGAAAAUCGAAGAAACUAUUCUUGGAGAAAAUGGAAAGGUUGAAAAUGAAGAGAAGACUAAGAAAUCAGAAAAGAAGUUCAAGGGUAAAAAAGGUAAGGCCAAGAAUAAAACUAAAUUAGCCAAGAAUAGAAAGGAAGCACAUAAGCCACAAGAAAAGGUAAAGGAAAGUGAAAAGGAAAUUCAAUCAGAGAUAGUCCCUUCGUUAUACGAUCUGAAAACAAGUUUUAAAGCUGAGAAGCAGUUUCUAAAUCCAAAACCAAAUUUUUCCAAUCAGUUGGAAGACGAUGGAGCGCAUAAAUUAUUUGGAAAGGGAGGAGUCCCGGAAUUACAGGUUGGAUGUGAGGGAUUGGAAGAGAGUUUCAGAGAUAAGAGGGAUACAUCCAAUAGUGAAGAUCACAAAGAUGUGAAAAUUCAUCCACAACCAGCGAAUAUUGUGGAUGUGCAGCUUCUUUUUGAAUCGGAUGAAGAUGAAGACCCUCAGGGUGUGUUUUAUGAAGACAGAGAUGAGCUUAUAAAACUGAGAAAGUUGGAGAAAGAGUUGCAAAAUCCACCUCCUCCUAGAGGUGAUAUACCAAUAGAUUUGCAAGAGGAAUAUCAUAAAAAGGAGAAGUUGCCAGUUCGAGGAGAUUUGGCCUCUAUUUUUUUGAAUAAUAACUCAUCUGAUCUAAAUGAAGAUACUUAUUCAUACAAUGGUCGUAAGUUGUUAUCUAUUUCUGAAAUAUCGCCUCCAAAGAGGAGGAAACGAGACUCAGGAGGUUGGGAUGGAGUUAUGUGGGGCUUUGCAGAAGAUGAGGGAAUUUUGCCUGAUGAUGAAUUGCAGACAGAUGAAAAAAGGCGAGAGGAAGAGAAAAGAAGAGAAGAAGCAGUGAGAAGGAGAGAAGAAAGGAGAAGAGAAGAAGAAAGGAAGAAUCAUCAUCGAGGUUCCGAAGAUAGAAGGGAGGAAGCUGAAAGGAUUAGAAAAGAGCAUGAAAGAAGGUUCGAGGAAAGAGAAAAUAAAAGAAGAGAGGAAAGGAGAAGGUUGGAGGAAGAAAAAAGAAAGUCUCAUCAAGGACGAAAUGAACAUAAUCUUGAAGCAGAACGAAGAAGACAUGAUGAAAAAAGAAGAAUGCAGGAUGAACAAAGAAGGAUGAGCGAUCAUAGGAGGAAUUGGCCAAUGGAUGAUCAGAGGAAACAAGAACAUAGAAGACGAGAGGAGGAAGAAAGAAGAAAGCCAGAAGAUGAAAGAAGAAGAUCAGAUGAUGAAAGAAGAAGACAAGAUAAUGAAAGAAGGUCAGAUGAACAUAGGAGAAGAGAGCAUGACAGAAAGCCAGAGGAGAUAAGGAGAUCCGAAGAAAGGAGACCAGAAGACGAAAGGAGGCAUGACGAAGAAAGGAGAAGACAUUUAGAGAGAAGAAGACACGAGGAAGAAAGGAGGAGACACGAUGAGCAGAGAAGAAGAGAGGAGGUUGAAAGAAGAAGGAUCCAGAAUAAAAAUCUGGUCCCCUCAAAUUCGAUGCGCCCAGACAAAAAACAAGAAGAAGAAAAUGAAAAGAAAUUAAAAGAUUACAUACAAAGGAAUACUCCCAUUGUGGUUGAUUCUAGAAGACAGUCAGGGGAUUCAAGAUCAAGAAAAGCAGAAGACAGGAGAAGAAAUCGACCUGAAAAUUUAAUGAGGUUUAGAGAUCCUUAUGAAAAUAGACACCAUCAUAGAGAGCCUGUUUGGUUAGAGUCUAAAAGAGCGAUGGAGUCCACAAGAGAAUACAAUAUAAGUGAUGCAACAAAUCUCGAGCAUCAAAGAAGACAUGGGCCAUCACCACCGAGUGAUGUAUGGCGCAGAAAUGGUAUGGACGAUAUAAGGAGAAGGCCAGAUGUGAGGAGGAUGGAGGAGGAAGGGAGAAGGUAUGAUAGUAAGAGGAUAGAUGAAGAGCAAGAGGAUAAAAGGAGGGCUGAUAGGAUGAAGAUGGAAUUAGAAGGAAAGAGGUUAGAGGAAGAAGAUUUAAGAAGGAAGUCUUUAAUGUAUCAAGAGGAGAGAAAGUGGCAUGAGAGAAUGAGGCAGCAGGCUGAAAGGAUGAGGCAAGAGUGGAUGCACGAGUCUAAUAGAAGAGCUCAGUCUGACCGGAAACCUGUCUGGAGUAGGUACCAACCACCUCGAUCUAAUAAUAAUGAGAAGGGGUACCAAUAUCCUUCGCCCACGGAUAAUUUAAACAACAAAGGGUACCUACCUCCUCCUGAUAUAAAUAAUAAAGGGUAUCAACCUCCUCCUGAUUUGAAUAAUAAAGGGUACCAACCUCCUGCUGAUAUGAAUAAUAAGGGGUACCAACCUCUUUCAGAUUCAAAUAAUAAGGGGUAUCAACCUCCUUCAGAUUCAAAUAAUAAGGGGUACCAACCUCCUGUGGAUCUAAAUAAUAAAGGUUACCAACCUCCGAGAUUUAAUCCUGAGUUUGAGAGAGAUCGGCAAAGGCUGGACCAAGAGAGGAGGAGAAUGGAAGCUGAAAGGCAGGCCAGAAAUCGAGGAACAGAUGACAGGUACCAGGAACAGAAGAGGAGGGAAGAGAGUGUGAGGAGCCUGGAGGAGCAGCGCAGACGACAGCAAGAGGAGAGGCUGAGGGCUCUACCUGUAAGUGCCACGAUAAUAGUUCAUCCGGGAGGAUCCGGCACCAACUCCUCUUCUCCAGUGGUGUUCUCGAGAGGCGGCUUUGGUAGCGAAAUCGAUUUUCCGGGAAUAAGCCCAAAUCGAAGAGGACCUGUGGCUGCUCGAUUUCCGGCCCCGGCUACUCGAAGACCACCAGUCAAAGGACCAGGACCUUGUGUUUGGGCACUGGUUCAAUGUUGUCCAGCAACUAAUCGGGUGGUUAAUUGUUUUGAAUCCUUGGGAUGUCCUGGCGUUAGUUUCGAUCCAAAUCCCUGUAAUCCAUCUCUCACCCAAGCUGCCAGAAACGAGAUAUCAAAAUUCUACGCUGCCUCUGAUCAGAACAGUCGACAAUAAUUCAAAACGUGUUAAUCAAUAUAUCAAUUGAUUAAUUUUUUAUCCAUUUCGCGUUCUUUCAUCAAACGAAUGCUACUUUUGAGAAUCCGAAACUCACAACGAAUUACGAAAUACGAAAAACGAAAUACAAAAUACAAAUGUAAAUAGGGUAUCGAGUGGAGGUACAGAUAUUUCGUUUAUUUUUAUACCUAUCGUUUCAAUUGCCUUAUUUUGAGAAUUUCUUUUAAGGUUUAUUAAAUUAGUUAUCUCUUAUUCAAAGUGUAACUAAGAACUUUUCCUAAGUUUUUUAUUGAUAGAAUUUUAAUUCGAUUUAUAAAAAGGGGCCAUCCAUAAAUAACGUAACAUAUUUUUUGCAAAUUUUCUCUCCCUUCCCCCAAGCCGUUACCUGCUGCCCGAGAAUUCUGAAUUACCAUUUCUUUUUUUUGUAUGGGAACAUAUUAUGUUACAUAUAUAUAUUGUUUAAAAAAUUUAAAAUUUACAUACCUUUAAAAUAUAAAUUUUAAAAAUUGAAUAAUUUUAAAUUAUAUAUUUUCCAAAUUCUAACAUUAAAAAUUUUAACUCAUUAUAAUUGUAGAAUAUUGAAUUGUAAAUCUAUAAAACUGAAGAGUUUUUAAUGUUGAAAAUGUACCAUUAAAUGUUAUGAAAUUUUUAAGUUUUACAAUUGAAAACUCGGCAAUCCUGAUUAUUUAAAUUUGAAAUAUCUUUCAUUUGAAAGGCUUAUAAUCGAAAACUUUUGACUUUUGGUCUUCAUAAUUACCCAAAUUUAAGAAUUGUUAUGUAUACAUGUUUAAAAUUGAACCACCUUUAAUUGCAAAUCUUUGAGAUAAACGUAGAACCAUUUCAAAAAUAUGUUCC